CCUAGCGGAGUGCUUGGGAACCUUUCGACGUAAUCUGUCGAGAACUCCGACAGCAAAAAAAAGUAAAUUUUUAAGCGAAAACGCGAAUGUGUAGAUACGUGUUAAUCGAUCCUCUAGGAAGAGAAAAAGGCUUGUGUUUGAUUCGUUUUAUUGUACUGUUGCUAUGUACAAUACUUUAAAAACUCUGCGAUGAGGGACAGUUAGAGUUAGCAUUUGAUUCAACUUUCGCUUUUAUGUAUGUUUCUCCUGUUAUUUUCUCUCGGAAGAACUGAAACUCGGUUGAGGACGGGAAUCUGUGACAUCUUUGGAGGACAGUAUCCAAAUAAACAUAAAGACUAAACUUCAUUCUGUCAACGGAGAGUUCAUAACUUCGAUGUGGUUAUUGUGGGAAAAGUAGAGGCUUAGAAAGGGAAAGGCGGAGGUUUAUGAAAGAUUACCGUACAUUUUUACGUUCACUGACUGGGUGUAUAGAGAAGACUAACAGACAAUGGCGAAGAAAUACGACUUUCUAUUCAAAUUAUUGCUAAUCGGAGAUAGCGGGGUCGGCAAGACUUGUUUAAUCAUCCGAUUUGCGGAGGAUAACUUCAACUCCACUUACAUAUCGACUAUCGGCAUCGACUUCAAGGUGAAGACGAUAGAGGUGGAGGGAAAGAAAGUGAAGCUGCAAGUCUGGGAUACAGCCGGCCAGGAGAGGUUCAAGACCAUCACAACUGCUUAUUACAGAGGGGCAAUGGGCAUCAUCCUGGUGUAUGACAUCACUGAUGAGAAGUCCUUCGAGAACAUUCAGAACUGGAUGAAGAGCAUCAAAGAGAAUGCAUCAUCUGGGGUCAGUCGAAUGUUGCUGGGGAACAAAUGUGACAUUGAAGCCAAAAGGAAGGUGUCCAAGGAGACGGGGGAAAAGCUGGCAAAGGAUCAUGGGAUUCGAUUCUUCGAGACAAGUGCAAAGUCCAGCAUCAACGUGGAGGAGGCCUUUGUUGCUCUGGCACGAGACAUCCUACUGAAAUCCAGCAAGAAACCGGGUCCUACAGGUCGAGAGGUCAAACUGACCACCACUGAGAAGAAAACAUCCAAAUGUCUCUUACUCUGAACUGAGCAAACAGGUCAUUACCAGAGGGGUAUUAAUGGAUAUGAGGGGCGUUUAGGAGCAGUAUUACAGCCAGGAGUGUUUUUAUGAAUGGCAGUGUAAAGUAGGAAAGUGUUACGAAUGCAGGAUAGCCAAGGGGAAGUUUUGAAAGGAGAGGUUAAGUAGGAAGAUUGAUACUAUAACAUAGGUAUACUGUACAUACAAAAUACAAUCUGCUGCAAUGACUUGUGUUACCAUGGUGAUUACCAUGUUACUUUAACUCUACACAGAAUUACACUUCAGUUACACUACAGAGUCACACAUUAUUGGCAAGAUACAGCUGAAAAGUAUUAUGAGAUGAAAACUGAGUAGAAUAUUUGUGGGUGGAUUAGUUUAGACUAGUACUGCCCAGCUACCUGGAAGACUGCAUUCCAGUAGGUUUUAAUUCUAUCUGAGCACUUUAUAUCCUGAUUGAAAUCACUGUCCUUUUUCAUUGAACCAAUUCAAACUUGUCAGGUCCUUGAGUGAUUCAAUGAGAGCUGAAAACUUGCUGGACUGCAAUCUUCCACGAAUGAAGGAAAGCCUUGUGGCUGAGGAGAGUGUGAUUGAGAAUGUGGCAGAGAAAGAUGGAGAAAUGUGGGAUAUACAUGGGCAGGGGUGGAGGAAGGAAGGGUAUAAAGAGUAUGAAUGAGUCAAAGGAGCAAAGUCUCAGAAAGGAAGGAAACAGCAUGCUGAUGAGUGACUGGAAUACUGACGCGUCUGACAGACUGACGGACGGACUGACUGAUGGACUCACCGGUCGUGUAUCUCAUAAGGUCACAGUUUCUGUAUUUGUGCAAACAAAGACACCGCUUUUCCCCGCUCAGUCUUAUCACUGCAGAGUCACUGUGGGGCUACUUCUGUCUUUCUGUUCCUCACUGUCACCUUCACUCCCUUUCCUGUCCUUUUUUUUUCUGUCAGUCUUUCACUCUGCAAAUGAAAACAUUCCUUACUUUUCAUUUAUCUUGUUUUCCUAUCAGAUUAUAUACUGUAUGAGCUGCUUAAAAGACA